CAUACGACCUUCACGCGGAUAGAACGCUGAGUUUUUCGCGAUACCAACUAGUAAGUUUAUAUAACACGUUAAAGUUUAAUAAUGUGAUAAUAUCUCUUUUAAUACUCAUGAAAUUGCAUUGAUUUAACGUUACUUUAAACUGAAAAUAGGACGUCAGUAAGUAAUGUGUUGAAGUAUGGCAUCACUUAGAGACAGACGGAUUAAAGGCGCUUCUCAAACAACAAACAUGCGCGAGGAGAUUUCAGUUAAAAAGGAGUUUCACGUCCCACCUUUGAGUGUCGCAAUGAAAGAGAGCAAGAAGAAGAGGAAAGACACAACAAAAGAGAAAAAGAAGUCGAGGAAUUGCAUUAACCAGACAAGAGAUUCAGAGAAACUCCGGACAGAACAGUGGACCAACGGAGAGAUGAGUGAUGUUCAGAGCAAAGGUCAAGCCAAAGCCAAAGAACUAAAGAGCAGGCAAUCCAAAAAUCCCAAGGGUGUAUUAGAAGUGGUUCCCACAGAGGAGGACAACUCUGAUUUGACUAAGCUUGAACAGGACAGCUUGAGGUGGGAAGGAGCUCUAGAAGACCCCACUGCAGAGGCACAACGGUUAGAGGUCUACAGAGCCAACCGCCGUAAACGUUAUAUGGCAUCAAGACAGGCUUUUCUACAAAAUAUUCAAAACCCAAACUCUUCUAAACUAAAUACACGGAACAAGCCUGGAGUUAUAGCAUGAAGUCUUAUAUUCAGUCAUCUUUCACGUGGAGAGUCUAUUAGAUGUGAAUAGGCUGUAUUUUACUACAAUAAUCAUGUUUGAUAUUUUAUCAGGGCCUUCAGGAAUUUCACUUGUGUUUAUUGAUUUAGGCAUAGUUCACUUUAAUUGAGUAAAUGGCUUCAAAAUAGUGUCUAAUUAAAAAAAGGGCAUUUAAAAAAAAAACUUUUAUUCAGGACGUAUUAAAUUGUUCAAAAGUGAGUGAAUAUGUAU